UAUGCGGCGGCAUAUGCCUUCGUGUCUCGGACUGAGAUUGAGGGGUGGAUGCAAUGACCGACGGGGGAGGUCCCGCACCGAAAUAGUUCUGCUCUCUGAGCUUGGAGGAUAGAGGAGCCCGUCACGGCUCGAUCUGGCCUCGACCCGGUCUGAGAGAAAGAGAGCUCUCCAGAGAGUACUGGGUACCUCGCAACCUGUCGUCGCUCGUCGAGAAACCUAGAGGCGGAGAGCACGUUAGUGGAUCGCAUUCGGCAUCCCCCCGGUCUCCGCCCAGCUUUCCCACCAAUAAUGGCCAAGCGACUCCUCCUCCACCAUCUCAAUUCUAGCAUGCGUCUUAUGAGAAAAGAAGAUUCUUGUCGGCAACUUGCAUCUGGUGUUCUGAACCGAUGGCUAUCACAACUUCCCAAAUCUGAGAAAAAGGAGAAAGUAGGGGCCAAGGAUCUGAGUACAAAUGAGGAAAGACUGCCAGAUUCUGUGAAAACCAACCUGAAUGAACCUGGUAAUUAUGAUCCAGUGCUUGUCAAAGAUGGUUCUGAUGAUGAAGAACUGAAUAGCUGGAAGUGGAAACUGGAACUUGCUUGGCUCUCUAAAGCUCUUGAACCAGCAAUGCAAUUUUAUAAGUGGGCAUCUUCUACAGGAACUCAUGAAAAGCAGAAAGCACCGUCAAGCACUCAUUCUUUUACUGAGAUUCUUACCAAUCUUCAGCGGAGUAAAAUCAGCGUCCAGGACUGGAGCCUUAGUGAUCUUACAGUUGGUUUGUACCUCAUUUACUUGAGCCAAGCUUCGGCCGAGAAGGUCGAGGAUUUCAAGGGGAUUCAGAUCUUUUCAGAUGCUAUAGUUCAAGAACUAAUUUAUCACAUUGAACUAGCAAAGGGGGCUUAUAAAGAAAAUGCAACUGGUCUUGCGCGCCAUAGCAUGCUUCGAGAAAGGAACAUCGUAAAGUUUGUAAAAGAUUCCAGUGUGAUGAGGCCUGGAUACUAUAUUGGGAUUGAUACCCGUCAUAAAUUAGUAAUUCUUGGGAUUCGUGGGACUCAUACUGUUUAUGACCUUAUUACUGAUGUAGUUGCUUCAAGUGAUUCAAAAGUGUCAUUUGAAGGCUUCUCAACCCACUUUGGGACAGCCGAAGCUGCUCGUUGGUACCUUGACCAUGAAAUGCAAACUAUUAAAAAAUGCUUAGAGAAACACAAGGAUUAUAGGUUAAGGCUAGUAGGACAUUCCCUUGGAGGUGCCACUGCUGCACUACUUGCUAUAAUGCUACGAAAGAAGUCAGCAGAAGAGCUUGGAUUUAGUCCUGAUAUUGUUUCUGCUGUUGGAUUUGGAACCCCACCUUGUGUAUCCAAAGAACUUGCUGAAAGCUGCGCCAGCUAUGUUUCAACUGUUGUAUUACAGGAUGAUAUAAUUCCCAGAUUAAGUGCUGCUUCACUGACAAGAUUGCGAAAUGAAAUUCUUGAAACUGAUUGGAUGAGUGUUUUAGAGAAGGAAGACUGGAAAGGCAUUGUAGAUUUAGUUACAAAUGCUAAGCAAGUCAUGUCUUCAGUUCAAGAUGUGGCCCGGAAACUUGCUGAUUAUGCCAAGUUUAGGAGCAAAUCAAAAACUUCAGACAUAUCUUCUAGGAAAGAUGCCUCCCCGCUGCGGAAGCUCCAAGAAGAAUCUCAAGCCAUUGCUAAACAAGCGGGAGCUGUUCCAGAGGAGCUUUUCACCCCAGGGACACUGUAUUACUUGAAACGAGAGAUCGAUGAUAUAGGUGGUAACAUGAGAAGUAGAGAAUCCUACAUGCUCUGGAAGAGGCAUCCAGGCGAACAUUUCCAGAGGAUAUUACUUUCCAGUAACUUAAUUUCUGAUCAUAAAUGUGAUAGCCAUUAUUAUGCUCUAAGGGAUGUGCUCAAAAGCCUGCCGGUAUCCGAUGAAAAAGCCCAUUUUAAGAUAUGAUAGACAUCUCUGAAGAAUUGAUCGAGUCCGGGAUAAAUGCCUAGAGUUAACUGCAAGGGGUUGAUUAUAAAGUCGGAUAUGCCAUCUCCAUCCCGAGUUUUAAGGUUUGGGGCUGUCACGUAGGUUAUGCUUCAGGAAAUUCACAAAAUUUUUGUUUUUCUGUACAUUGUGGGAGAUGGAUGUCAGGAAAAAUUGGUCCAUCCAUUCGAUUUUUUGAUAUCUGGUUCAUAUAAGAGUUGGUGUUCAUUUCUUUUUUGGUCAGAUAAGUGCACUUGGGCAGUGAUCUAUUGUCUUAUCAUUGGUCCAUAACGAUUAUAUGUAAUAGGCGUUAUCCCUAAGCAUCAGGGAAUUGCUCUUC